AUGGGAAAGAAGAGCUAUCAGAACUAUGGCAAGACGUUCCGUAAGCCCAAGAGGCCAUUCGAGAAGGAGCGCUUGGAUGGAGAGAUGAAGAUCAUCGGAGAGUACGGCUUGAAGAACAAGCGCGAGGUGUGGCGCGUCCAGUAUGCGCUGGCAAAGAUCCGCACCGCGGCUCGUACGCUGCUGACCCAGGAGGAGCGGAGCGAGACGCGUAUCUUUCAGGGAGAAGCGCUCCUUCGCCGCAUGGUGCGGAUGGGAUUGCUCCUGGAGUCCGAGAAGAAGUUGGAUUUCGUGCUGGGUCUGACCACGGCCAAGAUCAUGGAGCGCAGGCUGCAGACGAAGGUCUUCAAGUUGGGCCUGGCCAAGUCCAUCCAUCAUGCACGCACAUUGAUUCGUCAGCGGCACAUCCGCGUGGGCAAGCAGAUCUGUGACAUUCCCUCGUUCUUGGUGCGGCUGGACAGCGAGAAGCACAUCGACUUUGCCCUCACUUCACCGUUUGGCGGUGGCCGACCAGGACGUGUGCGCCGCAAGAUGAUGGCCAGCAAGGGCGGCGGCGGCGGCGGUGGUGGCGACGAGGAGGAGGAUUGA